GUUUGGAGCGGAUAGAGCGCGUCCGUUAGGGGCAGGUUAGGGGUUGCUUAGCUGCUACGCGCCUGCGCGCGUACUUCGCGCCACUCGGCUACGUCGCUUGCUAGCCAGUAGCCACACUAGCUAGCCAGAUGUUCAGAAAAGCUUUCUGUCGAUACUUUAACGCUCCUACAAUUAUUUAAGUAAAAUGUGCAUUUGGAGUAAUUUCAUGUUUUUAUUACGAAGUCAAAGGUCCAAAGAAUAGUUAAAACAAUGUGUACUUUGUGAACUGUGCGUCUAACUGAAAUUUAUCUGGCGUCUUAAUGUCCACGAGUUCGUUCGAGACUAACAAAGCGGCGGACAUUUUAUUUUGAGUAUUCGAUAAUGUAGCGUUGCGUCGAAAACAUUCAUGUCGUUUUAUGGUUAUAACUUAAGAUAUCGUUCGCUUACACCUUUCCGAUGCCGAGGGGGGUGAAGCGAGGGUCGGCGGAGGGUGAGGGCGAGGUGGUGGUACGCGUUGGGGCGUCUCCGUCGCAAACUACGCUUUUGGAUGACAGCCCAGGCCAGCCCAUCAGUUACCAUCUGCUUGAUCACGGCUAUGGCGCCACGCCACAACAUCAGAUCAGGAGGGAGGCACCUUCUGCACCACCAAAGACAUCUGAAGCGGUGAAAAGAAGACUGAAUUUGAGUGAGAGUAGUUCCGGUAGCCAAGGCCAUGUAGUACCUAUGAAGGCAGAUUUCAAAACGCCGAAGCAAAAACGAGUGAAAGUUCUCACACCGUACAGCCGACCGUCCAGUUCUAUGAAAAAGUACAGCGAAAGAUCAAGGUUCGACACAUCAUUAGGAUUACUUACAAAAAAAUUUGUUGCUUUGCUGAAGUCUUCCCCAAACGGUGUCCUCGACUUGAAUAUAGCCGCGGAGCACCUCUCGGUUCAAAAACGCCGCAUAUACGACAUCACGAAUGUUUUAGAGGGUAUAGGAAUUUUAGAGAAGCGAUCAAAAAAUAAUAUUCAAUGGAAGUGUGGGUCGGCAGCGUGCGGCGGCGAGCAGGCGCGCGCGCGGCGGCUGCGGCGCGAGGUGCGCGCGCUGGCGACGCGCGAGGCCCGGGUGUCGCGCGCCGUCGCCAGCGCCGAGCUCGCGCUCGGCCGCCUCUCCGCCGACCACGGUGCGCUCGCCUACAUCACCUACGCCGACUUACGCUCUAUUAAGGAUUUCCGCAACCAAACGGUUAUUCCUAUUAAGGCGCCGCCGGACACGAGAUUAAGCGUUCCUCAUCCUGACGAAAAGGGAUAUAUGAUACAUUUGAAGUCAUUAUCGGGCGAAAUUGAAGUGUAUCUAUGUCCCAAAGAACGUCCAUUAUCUCCACCCCCACCGCUGGGCCUGCUGCCGGCGGACCCGCUGCUGGAGGACAACAAGGCGCUGCUGGCGCCGCUCGUGGCGCAGAUGCAGCCCGCGCCGCCCGAGCCCUUCGCCGCCAACUUCACGACGCCUAUAAAGCGGGAGCCCGGCGUGGAGUGCUCGGGCGGCGCGGGCGGGUCGCGCGGCCUGGUGGUGUGCUCGCCGUGCGUCACCGACCCCACGCUGCCGCUGGCGGCGGCGGGCCGCGCGCGCUCCGCGCCUGCCGCGCCCGACGACAAGGCGCACACACCUCAAACCACGCCUGACAAUGGCACGGCGCGGGGUCGGCUACGCAACGCGUUAAUUGCCGACAGCGACGACUUUGCGCCGAUCAUGGGCGGCGGCCGCUUCCAGAUGCAAACAGAAGACCAAGAUACCGAGUCAGAGCCGCUGGAGCUGGAGCCGUUCCUGGCGCUGGAGCCUCCCAUGUCCGCCACCGACUACGGGUUCUGCCUCGACCACGACGAGGGGCUGGCGGAGCUCUUCGACUUCGAUCUCAAGCUGCCCGAGUGACCCUCGCCGGCACCGGCACCGGCUCCUAACAAACUCUCACCUAGACACUUGUAGCGAACGAUCGAUUAGUGAAAACGGCUCAAUCUAGCUGGUUUGGUUUUUAUUAUUUUCGUUUCGAUAUAGCCUACGCGAGAAUCGACGAACGCGGCUUCGCUUUACGGUCGAGCCUGUUUUACACUGCGCACUUCCAAUGGGCCGCUACUUAGUACUACACAAUCGUAGUUCGGAAUUGGACAUAAAUUGAUUUUAUAUUAAAUAAGUUUACAUAAAAAUAUGAUUGAAUGAAUUGUAAUAUUUUCGUUAAAAUGGUUAUUAGGCAUUAGUAUUGAUUUAUGUUUUUGUUUGUAGUAAAGUAUACCGUUACUCGUACAGACGUGUCGAGCUAUCAUGCCGCUUGUUCCUGGAGACGAAUGUGCCGUCGACUGUAUUUGAUUGUACUCCUUGUAGACGACGUUAUCCGUUCUCAAUUUGUUGUGCCUCUCCUUCACUAAAGUAUAACUAUAAUUUGGAAAUCAGGCCCAAGUGAGUACUUUGCGAGGAAAAUUAGAAAGUAUGCCUCAAUAUAGCUGUGUUUUUGUUUAAUUACUUUGUUAUCAGAUGUGGUAACGCGUUUUGUUCUAAAUGUUUUGAUCAUGUACAGGAUUUUGUCGUUAGAAAUUAAUAACCAAAUUCUACUUUCCUAUAGUUAUAGGAAAAGAAAGAUAAGUAUAGGUAUAUCUACUUAUGUUCAUUUUAAUCUAUAAUGUAUAUUUUAUUAUCUACUCCACAUUCAGGAUUAUGCACUACAUCAGUAGUUCAUUGGACACAAUAACAUGAUAAGGUAAACGUACUAGUGCUCGACAUGCUAAUGCCCAAUAGAUGACACCUUGUUGUCACCUCUAUUCACAAUGACUUAUGUUUCAAGAUGACAUGUACUGGGACCGCGUCGAGCACCAGUACGUUUACCUUUAAUAACGGUUAAUAACGUCACCUGAGUUUUUAUAAAACGGCUAUGUUCAGGAGAUUUGUUGUGGCGCGAGUGGUUGGUAACAUGUAAACUGGUUUAAGAAAAUGUUUCUUCGUUCAAUCACAAUACCUUAGUGAAAAUGCUCAGGUUACUUUCUCCGCACCAACCAUACAGAUAAUUGUAAUUUUAAUUCUAGUGUAUUCCAAUUCUAAUUACAACUAAUGGUUACAAUUAAAAUACGAUUUAUAAAUUCUGACUGAAAUAUUAAAACUGUAAUUUCGUGCCUCUUAUUUUAAGGUGACUUUUUAAUUUAUUUUUAUUUACUUAGAAUAUUUAAUUGGAAUUACUUGAAAGAGUGAUAUCUAAAAAAAAUUUGCUAUGUGUUGAUAAAACUAACGGCACAAUGAGAUGAGUCAUUAAACCCAAGUUCAUAAUUAAUUUGAAACAAAAAUUUAAUUUUAUUGAUUUAUACUAAGUGUUGAGAGAUCUUUAAAACUAAAUUAAACAGUUCGAGGUUAUUGUCAAUUAGGUAGUAAACGUUUAAAUAUUUUGGCACGCGAAUUUUUUCAAUAAUAUUUUCUUUAGAUUAUUCAAUAAGUACUUAGUCUACCAGUUUUAAUACUUUUGUGUGUAGAGUCGUACCAAGCUAAUUCUGCAUGGUAUUUGCAACGAUAAAGUAUGGAAAUGUCAUAAUAAUUAUGUAUGUACCUAUAUGAAAGUAUGUCGUUUCUAAUGACAUUAAUGAAAUAAUGACACUUCCUCACUUUGUUUUGUUCAAAUCGGUGCAAAGUUAGCUUAGACGGAUUCUAGUUACGAAAUUUAGAUACUUACGAGUAUGAACUGACUUAAAGAGGGUCAGAAUUGGUACCGACCGCAAUUUGACUACAUAAUUUGCUUUAGUGUAAGUGAAAAGUUGAUAUCGUAAUCUUAAUGUUUAAACUAACGAUGCCCCGAAUAGUCAUUUUGGCCGAAUACCGAAUAUUCUUCCCCUCUCCCGGCCGAAGCGUUGAUUAUUCGGCAUGUAAUGCGAACUUUUUCAGUCACGAUUAUUAUGAAAACUGUUCGCCAACAAAGCACAACGUGUGCUAAUAUUAUAUUUUUAGUUGAUCAGAAUUUUAAUGAAAGAGGUAAUCAAAUCAGAUCCAUAAUGAAAAUAAAAUAUAUUGCGACAUUUGUAAUUAAUAAAUGCUCAAAAAAGGGUCUUCGCACAGUACCGGUUAAAAGUUUAACUUCACCGACUAUACCAUUUUAGGGAAUGAGUUGUUUAGGAAUGUACGUAAACUGUGUCUGACUAAUCAGACACAUAUCUGGAAACAAUAACGGAUCGGAUGGAAACCGACAUCCGAAGUACAAAAAAAAAUGGCACAAAAGUACUCAUUUGUAUUACCGAAAACAGAGGGUGAACUUGAACUUUUGACCGGUACAGUACAGUAACUGUAUUUAGCAACUUUCCAGGAUUACAUUCUAAAUACCUCUUAAAUAUACCAAGUUAUUGGUUACUUUUAUUCUGUCAUUUUCCUUAAUUUAGGUGGUAAAACAGGUAUUCGGUAUUCGGCCGAACACCAAAUUGUUGCCGAAUAUUCGUGGCAUUUCUAGUUUAAACGAAUGUAGUCUAUUGACUCAAUUGUACAUUAAUAAAAAAAUCAAUAACUCCUUUCAUACCGAAUAAUACAAGUUGUGUGUAAUAAUGAUAAUAACAUCUUAUUGUCAAUUUGAAUUAGGUACAUAAGUUACAUGAGUCUCGACUUCAUUAUUGGCACAGUCGUGUUGGGCGGCCUGAAAGGGGUCAGUUAAGGCAGAAGAAGGUGGGGGUUACAUAACUUGCACGGCGACUAGCCUUUACUGGCACAUCUCAAAUGGUGGACUCUGAAAUUAUCAGUCUCAUUGCGGAAUCAAUCUGAAAUCAGUCUCAAUUCUCAAUGAGCUUGCGGUCGCUGCGAUGCACAAGCAAUAGUGAUCAAAGUCUCGAGUUGUUUGAAUCAUCGUGUUGUGACCAAUUACAUUGGCAGGCAGUUUAUAAGUUAAAAUUUUAAAACAACAAACAAUCAAAUUGGGUUUACUCGAUGCCUGGCAUCUUAAUAAAAUAUUUGUUUAGUACACUUAUGGUUUAUAUCCACAUUAGGUACAUAUAAUUUUGGUUUAUAAUUGUUUUCUAAUUUUGGUUUAUAAUUGUUGUAUAAAAUUGGUUAACAGAAUUUUUAGAAUAGUGAUCUUUGACAUGUGUGGUGCGGUUUAAUAUAAUCAGUAGAUUGUCAUGCUCAUCCAAAGCUCGCCUAGCAUGAGUUGCGUUGUCGCGCGCGACUCCAUACUUGAUGUCGCGGUUGACAAAGGUACCUACUUAUAGCUUAUUUUGAGGAGUUUAAUAUGCCUAAAAUAUAGGCUGUGAGGCUAUAUUGAUAUGUAUCAGUGAACCGCCCGAGUGGAUCUGAGGUAAACCGCCGGUUUACAAGCUACAUGCGUAUUUAGUGUCGUUUUACCGUGUUGUGUAUAAAUUAUGGUCUAUAAUAAUUUUCAAACUCGAAGGGUAGGAUGACACCUGUCAUUUCUAUACAAAUUUGUGACCCUUCGAGUUUGAAAAAAAUAUAGUAAUAAUUAAGCCGUUUUUUUUCUCAUCCUGGAGACGUCAGGUUUUAAGUUGAGAUCUGUAAGCUGUUGAAUUUGAAGGUAUAUAGAUUUAUAUAGUUAAUCACGUAACGUGUUAAUUUUGCGAUCACUAUAUUUUGCGGUAAUUUCAUUAAUAAGUAUGUACUCGACAAGUCAAGUUGUAAGGCUUGGUAAUGUAAUGUCAGUUGUUUAUGUACAUUUUAAUGUACAUCAUUGACGUAGUAAGCCGGGUAGAUUUUGUAAGGACACUUAUAAAGCAAUCCUUGCGCUGGCGAGGCUCUCGUAUUAGUGAAGUGUAGGUGUGUAAAAUGAUGAAUAGCGGAUCGUUUGCGCCCGCGGCCGCUUUGUACAUAGACUCGCUCAAGCUGCGGGCGCGCUGCCAACCUGUAUAUAUUACUAUUAAUGAACAGUGAUAUUUUAGCGGCCUUCGAUAUUAUAUGUAAAGCUAGCCCUAAUGUUCUCAUUAAUGUAGACUCGUGCCACCGCAUAAAAUAUUUCACGGUGAUCCUAUACCUGUCAAUGAAAUUUCCAAAACGAGACAUAGCACAAUUACACUAAUUUACAUCUACUUAUCCGAAGCCAUUAACUCUCGCUGAACAUACAUUGGGGUAAAAUAGAUCUUAAAAGGUCCUGUAUCAUUGGCUCUCAUUUAAUCCGUACUGAACACGACACUGUAUUGAUUUCCGACAUAUAUACAUAUAUCCGUACGGCCCGUGCGCCGUUACGCUCGAGUAACUACAAUAAUCCCCUCUUGGGCUCCCCUACCAUUAUAUAGAGUGAAACUCACCGGUUCCGAUAUAUUUGGCCACUUUGGCCGUCACUGUCUAUUUGAUGCUGACUAUGCCAAUUUUGAAUUUUUCAUACAUGUGCGGUAUUCGAUGCAGAAUAAUUGGCACGUGCAAUGUAACUUCGUUAAUUCGAAAUCUGGGGUUGCAUGGGUCAUGAAGGCCACCUGAACUAACUAUCCCACAACUAGUGUGUCGGGCAGGAUUACGAUCUACCCAUCCCGAUAAAGCGACUGUUAUACGACUUCUACGUAAAAAUAUUUUAUUUAUAAUUAUCACAAGUGUAAGUGUGCUGGGAUCACUGUGAUUAAUAAAUAUGAAUAAUUUUCGAUGCUAAUUAAAACUAUGAACCGAGCUGCGAAGUAACCGAAGAUUGCCAAAUAACUUGAUAUAUCAAAUAGCAGAGUGUAAUUGCAAUAAUUAUGUCGUUUCAACACAAGUACUUUUGUUAGCUUUGUACAUAGCGUUAAAUCAAACGGCUGGGCGCCAGGUGACGUGUUCCACUAGAAUCACAGACGACGCCGGGGAAAACGGAAUAUAUUAGGGUUAUUUAUUCCAAACACCAAGUUUGUUACCAGUGGUCACAGGAGAGGUGGAGAAAAGUAUCUGUUACUUCUGGCAAAUGUUGAUGUGGUGGUAACAGCUAAUCCGAAAAUUACAUGCCGAGUGAUACAAUAGUACGCUGUUUAUACAUGUAUACCCUUAUCGUGUAACUUCAUUCGCCAUCUCCGUGUAGGUAGUCAGCGUUAUAUAAUAGGUAGCAUCCAAAGUAUUCAAAUAAUACUGUACGCCAUACAAAUUAUAUGGUGUACCGAAAUUUUGUCGCACUACAACUAAGACCGCCGCAAUACAACACUCGUCCUCGCCCCGCCGUUUCCUCGGUGCGGCACAAAUGUCAAUGUAAUAAAUCUUAACUAAGAGCAUAUCAAUAUAAUGUUUAAUGUUAGACGUAAGGUAUAUAUUUGCACGAGGGAUCAUGUGGUGUAAAAGAUGAGGACUUGUCGAGCUUUUUGCAAUUAAUGUGUAGACUUACCGUGGUUUACGAAUUUGGAUUUUUAAGGUAUUGUGUAUUUUUGUACAUACUUAUACUGGGUUUCAAAUCACAAUAGUCCUGUUGUAUUGCUAUUUUGUUACCUCCAUGUUGACUUCGUGGUGUGUUGACUUAUUACAGAUGUUGUGCAUAAUUGUUUUCCAUCGUAUUUUCUCGGAAACGUUCGUAUUUGUCAUGCUAGUUCAGUCAACCUUAAUACUUUUUGUACCGAGACUGACUGAAAUCGCAAAACACGUUCGUACGUUUCCGUGAAAAUAUGAAGGAAAAUAAUAAUGCCAACUGUCAUAACAAGAUGACCGUUUUUAAUUGUUUUAAUAUUAUUUGGAACGUAUAGUAAUUCUUCCACAAAAGUUAACGCUUGUAGGGCUCUUAAAAUCACGAUUAUACCUCUACAAAGACCUCUGACGUUUUCUGAUGCAUUUUCAGUUUAUAGUUUACUUAAUCGCUUAACCACAAUUUUUGUAAUCAUGUGAUAAACAAAAAUGUUCAUAAUGUAAAAUAAAAAGGUCGUUCAUGUAGCAAAAAAAUUAGCAAAAUCAAUAAUAAGCAAUUAAGUACAUACUUAUAUUUUGUAUUAAAACCAUAUUGACAAUACAAAGACAAAGGGCGUAUCGGACUUAUUAUAGCGCCCAUAGCCCAGAUGUGACUUAAUCUUCGUUUAAAUAAACUGAAAUCAUGAAGAAAUCAGGUACAUACAUACUCAGUGACUAUGCACUAGAGCCCAUUUAAGCUAACUCUACUCCGACAUUAACAGAACAAAGUGUAGGAGUGUCUGGGAAUUUCUAAUGAAAAAUGUCAUAUUUUUGCUAUGAAAUUUGAUGUUUAUGAUGGUAAAUCCACAUUUAAUCUUAGAAAAUGGCAUGCAGAGUUAGCUUGGUUAAACUUUAUUCAUUAUAAAGGGGUGUAUACUGAGUUUGAAAAGAGAUACACCACACCACUCUUAGUCUGCCCUAGCAACUGUUUUUGUUCGACAAGGGUGCACUGAGAUGGGUUGAUAUUAGUUUAGUAUCAUAUUUACAAAAUAUUAGUAAUCGGGAACUUUUAUUGCCGGCUUGUCGAUUCUCAGCGAAACCUAACGCCUUUAGUGACGAUAUGCACCUCCCGGCAGGAAUACCUACAUAUGUCAAUACAGACUUAGUUAUGACGGUUUCUAAAUUCUUUACAGUCGCUUAGAAUAAUUUGAUUGGAGCGCCACCUUUUUAGUCAAAUAAUGUAUAGUAUCUAAAUCCAACCCGUUAGCGUCAUUUAAAUACACACACAUAAUAACAUACAACAAGACGUGCUGUGUUGGUACGAACUCGAGUCUUGUGAGUGUAAACGUGAAGAACUCGACUUGUUUUUAGGCGACUUUUAAGCUUUAAGCGCUGAUAAAGACUUUUAAGUCCCGAGUCAAGUCCUUCAUUGAGCCUUUUAAUCUCAACUUAAAAGCUCGAGUCUUUCGGAUAAAGAUCAAAUCAAAGUACAAUUAUUUAAGAUAAAAAAAAAGAUAACCAGAGAUUCAUACAUGUUAAGUUAUAUAACAAUUUAAAAUAUCACAAUAAUAAAUAAUUAUUCACUCAAAAUAAAAUCAUUAACAUAAAAAUAAAGAGACACAUUUAAACAAAUAAAACAUGAAAAUCCCAGUCAGUAUAUAUUUUUAAACUAUAUUUCAUAAUCAUAAGACACACACCCCUUCGGAAUAUCUACUCACUGGUUUUUUAUACGACAGUAGCACUACAUCCUUUCAGCAAUGACUUAGAAUACUAUUGUGAGUAAUCCUCUAUCGCUUACUAACAUACUCGAGGCGCUGGCUGCAACGGCGGGGCAGUCUCAUCUCAUCAGCAUUCUAAUAGCAUUGUUGUAGAGGACACGCAGGGCGUCGUAUACUCGUCGCGUGUAUCUAAAUAGCCUACAGGCUUUUAUAUAAACACUUCCGUCAAAAAAAUAUGGGUUAUAUCUAAAUGAACACUAAUGUACGAUUCCCACCGACAGGCAGGGCUAUAAUCGCGAAAAUCGAAGUUCGCAAACUGCGGGGAUUUUUCUCUGUCACUCUAAUUGCGCCUUCAUUGGAGUAAAAGAGGAAGAUCCCCGCAAUUUGCGAAUUUCUGUUUUCGCGGUAGCCGCUCAGGAGUCGGACCGCGGCCAGCGCAUUUUGAAUGUGCCUAUAUUAUGCCUAUACAUUACGUAUGGCAGAAGCGAUAGUGUACAUCCGGAACUCCGGAACCGGUCACGUAGGUACGUCGGCAACCGACCGGCUCGCGGCCGUACAAAUUUAUUCCGCCCGUUCGGUGGGAAUCGUACUGAAGCAAAUGGGCGUUAUUGAAUGAAGCGUUUCACAAUUCUUUAUACAUAAUUUAAAAGUUAUCUUUAAAGUGCUACCCUGCGUCAGAGAUUAGCGGUAGAAUUGCGAUUAUUAGGUACUAUACUAAUAUUUCGGUGUAAUUUGAUGAUGCCUGGGGUCCGUUUACAUCCGAUUACGAAUUAUAAAUAUAUUGGAAUUCCAAAAUCUUCGUAACAAUUGUUGACCUACAUUCAUAGUAGUCGAUGGAUAAGAUGUAGGCUGAUGGUUUUGUAUUAGGUACUAAUUUAUUUACAUCUAUGUAUUAUCCCCUGGAAAUCGAUACUGUUAUUAGAUCCUUCGUCAGUCACUGGGUUGUGUUUGCUUACUAUUAAAUUAUCGUGAAUUAAUUAUCCUUUCAAACAAAAUGUAUAUGAAUAUUACGUUGUAAUAAACUGAAUGCAGUAGAAGGAUGUAUAUGAGAGACGUUACAUUUUGAUAUAUCUUGUCAUAGUAUUUAUUAUUCUUUUUACUUUCUACCAAUAAUAACGUUAUAUUAAUACUAAAAAACAAUGUCGCAUUAUGAAUGUAAUCGCCCCAAUGUUUCAGUGGAUCGACACAUUGAAUGAGACAACGAUCAUAAUAUAAUGAAUCAUUUGGGAUCUACAGCCGCGACAAGCAUUUACACAUAACGCAGGCUUCAAAAUUAUUCCUACACUAGUUUUCUUAAAAUAGAGUCUGUGCGAAAAGAUCAGAGUCGUGCAAUGUAUGGGAAUCAAUACAAACUAACGGCGCGAUUCGGAAAAUGAAUUAGAGAUUUACUAGAUAUGAAAUAGUAAAGAUAUGUGACGCCCCACGGGUAAAGGUACUUUAUGGCGGUUGGUGAUUAUUAACGCCGCUCCAAUAUUAUGCGCUAUGCGACGUAAGCGCCAGCCACCAUAAGAUACCUUUUGCCGUGGAACGUCACAUAUCAUUACUAUUUCAUAUCUAGUGAAUCUCUUAUUCAUUUCCCGAAUCGCGCCGUAAGACUCUUCUCUUUCCGCACAGGCUCUAACGAUGUUAAACAUGUAGAGCUCUUCAUUUGUAUGAAACCUAGCACCGGCUGUCAUCUGUAGCCUUUUCGAAAUGUUUGUAGAGUUCUGAUUUAAUAUAUUGAUAAGAAAUUAAGGUGCAAUGUUAUAGAUACGUAAGUAGGUAUUUAUAUUAAGCAAGGGGAUAUACAAAUACGGCGAACCCACGAGGCCACGGAAAAGGCUCGACUAGAAAUGGCUCUGACAUCUGUGCUCAUUUGCACCAGUUGUUCUUGGUGUAAAGACUGUUUGAUUUGUAUUAUUUGUGUUGGAAGACUGAGGUUUUACUAUUCCAGUUUCGACAAACGUACGAGUUAUUUGUUGUUUGAGUUACAAUAUAAUUGAAUUUAAAUUUAAAGUCAUACCUAUAUAUAGUUAGGUUAUAUUUUUAAUAAAUAAUAAUAAUAUUGAAAUAUGUAAUUAAAGAA